GUCAAAUUAGACAUAUUCGUCAAAUAUUGUGCAAAAUUAUUACGUGCAAACAUUUAUCAAAACCAAGAAUAAAAACUAUAUUUCAACAUGAAAGUCAUAUAAAUACGAGAUGCCCAUAAACAAAAUUACAUAAAUACAACUCAAAAUUACCACAUAAAAAUGGAUAACAAAAAUGUUUCUCUACCAGGCAUAGAAGAUAUUCUAGAUCUAACCGACACCGAAGAUUCUUCAUCAUCGUCGAACCAAGCAAUAUUCGAUGUGCAAGAACCAUUUGUUCUGGAGCUUCACGAACUGAUCAAAGACGAACCUGGAACUGACAGUGUAGCACCUGAAUCAAAUGUUAAUGUAAAGAAACACAAGAAAAAAAAGAAAAGUCUUUCGCCGCACAUCAAAAGAGAUCCAAGUGACUCGUCUGUAAGCGUAUCGGAAGUCAGUUCCAUGGUCCCAUCAGUAGAUGAGCCCUCUAAAGAAGAGUAUUUCGAUGCACAUGAAAGCUAUCAUACUAUGCCUGAGUAUCCAGUGAGCACGCCAUUGACGGGGACCAGCUUAACGCAAACGCAUUCGGAGAACGUAUCAAACCCAAAAGCACCGCAACCAGCAACAGUCCAGCGACCUCCCAUCCCCAGCCGCGAACCAUCUACAGCAAUUGACAAACCUGUUACGCCUCCGGAGUAAGUCAAAGGUAAUCUUCUAAAUUUUGACGACAUUGAAGAACUUUGAUGAUUGAAAUAAAAAUAACAAAAAAAA